AUGCAGUCCUCUCUCUCUCAACCGCUUCUCCCUCGCCACCUCGUUGACGAGAUACAGAGAACAUACGGGGCAGCCUAUUUGACGAUGUCAGACGUAUCCCAGGAAGCGAGCCAUGAGUAUCGUUUGGCAAUGCGAAACUGGAACGGCCCUCUACCGCCUGAUAUCCACCUUUGCAAUGAGCUCGACCCAGCUUUCUCUCAAAAGGCCAAGCGAACAUACCUACACUACAUGGCCGCGACGGCGGACAUCCUCAGCGCAUGCGAACUACUGUACUGCGGAGCAUCCCCAGACAAAGCAUCCCCAGACGGUUACACCCCGAUCUUCUCAGCCCUUGCUGAGCUGGCCGUGCGACGUUUCCGCAGCUUCGUUACUCCUCUCCUUCCACCAUCUUACCUUCCAUCCGUUGUGAAUUGUCCACCGCAAUACCUUCCUGCGUAUUCUCACAUCGCUAAGAUCCUCAUCGAACAGCACAUUGAUGUCAACCAGACAGUUCAUCGUGUCUCAAUUCUCCGGCUGGCAUGCCUUGCCAAGGAUUGGGAUAUCAUUGGUCUCCUGUUUGAACAUGGAGCCAAUGACACCAUAUCCUCAUCUACAAGUACUUUCAAGGCUACCUUCCCAACUGCGAGUGACAGGAAACGAUAUACCGCACUCGUUGCAGCCAAGCGGCUUCCAGAAGGUCAGCAACGUCCUGCGCGAAUGUGUCCUUGUUGGUCGGGUAAGAGGGUAUCAGAAUGCCACGGAAAACUGGGUGCGAAGGUCCCGUAUCCGCUUGACUACGUCUGUGUCUGCGGCUCAGAGAAGACCUACCGACGCUGCUGCUCACGCAAGGCCAAGCUCAGUGUCAUAGAAGAAUGGAAGUCUGACAUAUGCAGGAUCAUGCACCGGUACGACGAGAAAGAUGACAUGGCAGAAAUCAACCAAAAACUGCAGGAGUUGAUGAAAAAAGGGCAACUGAUGGAGGAUUCUCUUCGACGAGCGAUUGGAUUACCUGAAGAUCCUGCAAAAAACCAUACCAUGUAUACGGAUCCGAAUGAAUUCGGGAAAAGGGUGACCGAGCAAGGUCUGGUUGACCCUGCUUUUGGAUAUGCUAUGUGUCGGUAUCCUGACCGAGUUCCACUGCCUGUCGACAGGACCGUAAGAUCGCGUCAAGUUAUGGAAGGCAGGCAUGCGAUCUGGAAUUCGCUCGUCGACGAAUACAUUGCUCUUGGGACUGACAGCCGGUCAGCCUUCGAGAUUGCACGAGCUGCAAAGGUGGGGACAUGGGGUGGUGCGUACAUCCGUCAGUGCGAAGGCGAAAAUUGCGACAAAGUGGAGCAGAAAGACGUCGAAAAGCUGCAACAGUGUAUCAAGUGCCAAAUGGCAGUGUACUGUGGGCGAGAAUGUCAGAAGUCUGCCUGGCCGACUCACAAAAAAGUUUGCUCAACCCCAGCGCAGCGACCUCAAUUGUUGCCCUCGCAAAUGGCUGUCUUGAAAAAGGUCAUGCCAGCGAUUGCCAAUGGCGAAGUCCUUUUAUAUUUGCCAUCGUAG